UCAUUAUAUUCUGUGACUUCAACAAAUAAUGUACUACACCGAUUUUAAUCUACAUUUAUUUUGGUUAUAAAAUAAAGCUUCGUACAAUCUCACUAUCUCAAUAAUGCCGCCAAAGGUCAAGGGUAAGGGUAAGGGGGAUUCAGCUGCUGCGAAAGCCAUGAUGGGUGCAGCAGCUGCUGGUCCAGCCCCAAAGCCCAAAAAACCACCUCCACCACCGGCGUGUUUUAGUCCAGAGGAUUUGGCAAAGUUUAAAGAACUUUAUAAGGAAUUUGAUGAGGACAACACAGAAAAGAUACCAUUGUCAAAGAUUCCGGUGAUGUUACGAAAGUUAGGCUUCAAUCCAAAAGGUGCAGAAAUAAAGGAACUGUUCAAGCAAUUUCUUGAGGAUGAAUUCGUUGAUACUGUCGAAUACCACGAAUGGUUGUUUAUGAUUGAAGCCAAGAUGAACUGGGGUGACGAUUUCGAGUUAGCCGUGACCAAGGCCUUUGCUGACGUAGGGCACGACGAUGAAGAAACCGGUAAAGUGGAUUUGGAACUUUUGCGUCAAGAACUUAUGACUUGGGGUGAGCCUUUAUCAGAGAUUGAAUUCACUGAUUGGAUCAGACUGGCUAUGAAAGAUAAAACGUAUAACCCUGAGGAUGGUUCCUUUAAUUAUGUGAAGUUUAUCGAGAACAUGAACGCUAAAGAUGAAAAAUAUACACAGGAGCCUAUCAACUUCUUUAAAUUGGAUCAGAAGACGCUGGCUGCGAUGGCAAUGAAGAAGGCCCAAGAAGAGAGAGAGGAACAGGAAAGAAAAGAAGCCGAAAAGAGGGCGAGAGAAGAAGCCAAACGGCAGCGAAUGAUCGCUGAAGGCUUAAUACCAACUGACUGAAG